GCCCUCCCUUCCAAGCUCACCACUAUUUCUACUCCGUGUUGGUGUUUGCCGCGCGAUUCUUCAAGAUUUAGCGCGAUCUUCCUUGAGUUUUUAGAGGGUUUCCCUAAUACGAGGAGAUUCCAGGAAAAAAGUAAACAGUUCUUUAAUGGCGCCUAGAGUUUCACUGAAGAGCAAAGGUAAGGGUGGAAAGGGAUCUAAGGGUUCGGAUGAAAAAUCAAGUGCACAAUGCUUUAAAGAGUGGAGCACAUGGGCUAUUAAAAAGGCCAAAGUGGUAACUCACUAUGGCUUCAUUCCUCUGGUGAUCAUCAUUGGCAUGAACUCUGAACCCAAGCCCCAACUUUAUCAACUCCUUAGCCCCGUCUGAAUCGCUUAACCGGCCAGGUCUUAGUUUCUCUCUAUGUGACAGACUAUUUGUCGAAAAUACAUGGUAAUGACUACUAAGUUUAGGUACUUGGUGUUUUUAUAUGAUGUCUUUGUUUUCUAUAAGCUUAUGGAUUAAUAAUCAUGAAUGGUACAUUUGACGCAAAUCCUAAUCAUAC